CCCCGGGGCCGGGCUCCGCCAUGACGGGGCGGAGCGGGGCCGGGGCGGCCGCGCAUGCGGUGCGGGGAGGGCGGCGCGGCGGCCGGGGCGCUCGGCGGCGGCGGCGCCAUCAUGUCGAUGGAGGACCCCUUCUUCGUGGUGAAGGGGGAGGUGCAGAAAGCUGUGAACACCGCCCAGGGGCUCUUCCAGAGGUGGACAGAGCUCUUGCAAGAUCCCUCCAUCGCCACACGAGAAGAAAUCGACUGGACCACUAAUGAGCUCAGGAACAAUCUGCGGAGCAUUGAGUGGGACCUGGAAGACUUGGAUGAAACAAUUAGCAUCGUUGAGGCAAACCCUCGGAAAUUCAACCUCGAUGCAACAGAGCUGGGUGUCAGGAAAGCCUUCAUCACGAGCACACGGCAGGUGGUCAGGGAGAUGAAGGAUCAGAUGUCAAACUCCUCCAUGCAAGCACUGGCUGAAAGAAAAAACAGACAGGCACUCCUGGGAGACAGCAGCAGUCAGAGCUGGAGCUCCGGACCUGACAAAUACAGCCGUCUGGACCGGGAGCUGCAAUUAGCAAAUUCACACUUCAUUGAGGAGCAGCAAGCUCAACAACAGCUGAUCGUGGAGCAGCAAGAUGAGCAGUUGGAGCUGGUCUCUGGCAGCAUCGGGGUGCUGAAGAACAUGUCGCAGCGCAUCGGCGGGGAGCUGGAGGAGCAGGCAGUGAUGCUGGACGACUUCUCCCACGAGUUGGACAGCACUCACUCGCGGCUCGACAACGUCAUGAAGAAGCUCGCAAAAGUGUCUCACAUGACGAGCGAUCGGCGGCAGUGGUGUGCGAUUAUCGUCCUCUUUGUCAUCUUGCUGGUGGUGCUCAUCCUGUUUUUCGUCCUGUGAUGGACUGAACUUCCUCGGACGCCUCUUCUCCAUCCCCCCUCCCCUUGUAGCAUGGGGAAAUGAAACUCUCACUGUUUCCGUCCGCCCAGAGAUCCCCGUCAAGAAAACCUGCACCUGGCUCUCACCUUUCUCCUCCGAGGACCAAGGCUUGGCUCUGCCGACGUCUCACCUGGCUCUGGGGAGGGCAGAAGGAGGGCAGGAGCAAUUUGUGGCUCCCCCACA